AUGCCGCGUAGCCUCUGGAGAAUUCCACCGAACACUGCCUCCAACAGCCCAGGAGAGGGGGCAUCAGAAAGGCCGCCGCAUCAGCCGGCUAGAGGCAGAGGGAGCCCCGAGACCCCCAGCUCUCAGCCUGGCCACAUUCGCUGGAACCUGAACCCCAAGGCCUGCAGCGCUGUUCCAGGGCCGGAUUUGCACAGGGCGCCCCAGCCCGAGUCCGCUGCGGGCUUCCCCCCCCCCCCCCGGCGAUCUGUGCCCGUGGGCAGGAGGCACCAUGGGCGCCAAGCUUUUGCGCCACCGGGGCAGGGGGCUGCGCGCGGACAUGCACGGGCCCUACUGGUCACCGGCAUCCCGGAGGGCCUGGAGGAGGCGGCCGUCGAAGCCGUCUUGCAGCCGGCCUUCCUGCCCCCCCACCCCCGCCCCGGCACGUGCAGGCUGUGCAACACUAGGGCCGCGAGGGACCAGAAGGCCGAGGCCGCGGUGGAGUUUGCGGAGGCCAUAAAUCACGCCUCCGUGCCCACACAGAUCCCGGGCAAGGGCGGCGUCCGGAGGGUUCUGUGUCACGACCGCGCGGAGGACACAAGGGUCCUGAGGCAGAUGAAAGGCCUGCUGCUGGAUGAGAGGCCCUCGGAGGCAGGCGGCAGGCGCUGCAGGCCCCGGGGACACGCCCCCCUCUCCCGCUUGGCUUCGAGACCCAGGCCCGGGGCUCAGGGCCCGCCCCAGGAAGGCCGGCUCCCCCCAGGGAAGGGCCGCCGGGCUCGCAGAAACACAGCCAGAGGCAACAGGAAGAAGGAGUGGGCCCUGCAGAGCGACGCGGGCGGAGGAGCGGGUCCCCGCGAGUUCUUGGCCCUGGUGAGGACGGACAAAGCCAAGCAGGAGCGGGCGGAGGCAGAGCCGGGGGGCGAGGCCCUCAGCCUCCACAGGGGAGAAGCCCGGCGCCCAGGGCGGCGCGGCCCGGCUUUAGUGGCCCUGCUGGCGGUGAGAGACACGUGGCAGCAGGAGCGCAGGGACAGCGACGCUCCCGAAAGCCAGUCGCAGCGAAACGGGGAGGCAGGAGACGAGAGGGUGGACAGUCCCGAGUUUGUGGCCAUCGCGGCCUGUGCGGACCCGCGGGAUCCGUGGGCCGUGGCGGGAGGGGAGGUGCUGAGAGUCGCUCGGGUGAGGGAGUCACUGGGCUGGAGCGACAAGCGAGGCCAGACAGCGGCCCUCCCCGCGGUCUUGCCCGCGGCGCGGGACACUCGCGGAGCCCGCGAGAAGGUGGACGAGGCGGGCCGCCGGGUGGACGCCGGGGUCCUGCGGAAGGCCGCGGGCCGCGGGAGCCGCCGGGAGCGCAUUUCCAGCCUGGCCGAGCCCGAGCCCCCCUCCACGGGCGCGGGGACCCGGCGGGGCUGA